CAAGUGGUUCUUCCAGCCUGGUGGCGAACGCGUGUCUGCAUGUGUUGAAAAAGUACACACAAACAAUAAUGCAUUUUUGUUGUCAUUACAUCGGUUUUUAAGGACAAACUUUGUUAUUUCGGUCUGAAGACAAUACCUAUUUUGUGGAUACGUUAAUCAAAGGCAGACAUGCCACACAAGAAGAAGAGGUCGUUUAUCGAUAAGAAGAAUGCGGUGUCCUUCCACCUCGUCCACAGGAGUCAGAGAGACCCCCUGGCAGCGGACGAGAAGGCUCCUCAGCAUGUGCUCCUGCCGGCCGCCUCAAAGGUGGAGGUUGAGAAGCGGCGUGACGAGCAGCGGGAGUUCGGCGUGUUCUUCGAUGACGACUACAACUACCUGCAGCACCUGAGGGAGGUGGCUCCGGCCACGGAGCUGGUGGCCUCCAGCCUCCCCCAGAGGAAACCCGUCGCCCCGCACGUCCGAGAGGAGGACGAUGACGGCGAGGCGGACGGCAGCGACGAAGAGGAGGAGGUGGACGUCCAAGUUAUUCCGGCUGCGUCGAUCAACCUGCCCUCUUCAGUAUUCGCCUCCGAGUUCGAGGAGAAGGUGGGGCUGCUCAACAAAGCUGCCCCCAUAUCAGGGCCCCGGCUGGACAUGGACCCCGACAUCGUGGCCGCUCUGGACGACGACUUCGAUUACGACGACCCUGAGAACAUGCUAGAUGAUGACUUCAUCGUCAAGGCCAACACAGCCUCAGGCGGUGGUGCUAAAGACGACGAUGACGAUGAGUGGGAGGACACGGACGACGAAGAUGAGAGUGGUGAGGAGGAGGAAGGCGACUGCGACUCGAUGGGCGGCCGGUCGUACGACGGCGACGAGGAGGGCCGACAGGAGUUCCUGUUCAUGAAGGAGGAGACGAGGAGCCGCUUCACCGAGUACUCGCUCACCUCGUCCGUCAUGCGGCGCAACGAGCAGCUCACGCUGCUGGACGACCGCUUCGAGAAGUUCUUCGAGCAGUUUGAUGAUGAUGAGAUCGGAGCACUGGACAACGCAGAGCUGGAGGGCUUCAUCAACCCCGACAGCGUACGACUGCAAGAGGUGCUCAAUGACUACUUCAAACAGAGGGAGCAGGACUGUCAGAAGCUAGAUGACCUCGGCCCCAAGGGGCUUGAAGGCAUCGAGGAAGAGGAGGACGAAGAGGAAGAGCAGGAGAUGGAGACUAUCGUGGUCGAACCUCCGGCUGAGAAGUGGGACUGUGAAUCCAUCAUCAGCACCUACUCUAAUCUGUACAACCGCCCUAAGAUCAUAGAGGACCCACCUAAGGCCAAAGGCAUCCGCGUGUCCUCCAAGACGGGCAUCCCCCUGGACGUGCUGCCCAAGCGGGGGCCGACGGCGCGGCAGGUGGAGCGCAUGGAGCGCAUCAACGACUCGGACCUCCCGCGGGCCGCCACCCAACAGCGCCCCCGCCAGGAGAGCACGGAGGAGCGCAGGGCCCGCAAGCAGGCCAUCAAGGAGGAGAGGAAGGAGCGGAGAACGGAGAAGAAGGCCAACAAGGUGGCGUUCAAGCAGGAGAAAGUCCUGCAGGAGAAGCAGAUGGUGGGCCUAAGGGCCAACGUGCAGGGUCUCAAGCUCUCCUAACCACAAACAACAACAACAACAACAACAACAACAACAACAAAAGCAGCAACAGCAGCCCUGCAACAAGUCCCCUUGUGGUCCUCAUCUCACUCAAAACAGACUGACUUGGCUGCUCGUUCUUUAAGGAACCGACCUGACUGUAGACUUCAACAUCAACACAUGGGGGACUCAGAGAGAGAGAGUGUGUGUGUGUGUGUGUGUGUGUGUGUGUUUGUGUGCCUGUGCACUCUUUUUCCCCCGUCCUGGGGUCCGCUGGAGAGUGGUGAUCUCCGUUGUAUUUAAUUUGUAUUAAACACCUUGUACUCAAACAA